AUGCAACUGAAAGCAGCUACAAGGAAUAACAUUACAAACAGGCUUUUUAUGACAACAAUCCUCGUUGCAUUUUCCAGUGUUGCUCUGGGUUCUAUUCUACCUUGUCCUGCACACACACUGGAAUCAGAUACUUCUCUUGACGAUGAUAGUUUAAUGGAACACCGGAAACAGAGACAGCAUAGUAGAGGAAACCCAUAA